UCCUACUUCACUUCACGUCGUAUUAUUCAGUCAGUCAACAGGAUAAGUUCAUUAUUUCAAUCGGUGCAUAUCAUUCAAAUUGUUUUUAUCGUAAAGUAAUUUGGUAUUUUAUUGGUCUGGUCAUGAGUAUGGAGAUGGAGGAAAUUUUAAACGAGACGGUUCCACAAUCCGAGCUCGAGAAAUUCGAGAAGAAGUACAACCGAGAGCUGCAGAGCAAGAGCCUAACACACACGACUCAGUUCGAAUAUGCAUGGUGUCUAGUGCGGAGUAACUAUGCCAACGACAUGAAGAGCGGCAUAACACUGCUGGAAGAUCUAUGCAAAAAGAAUUCGGAAGGUAAGCGCGAUUACAUCUACUACUUGGCACUUGCCUACACUCGGCUCAAGGAAUACUCCACUGCUAUGAAAUACGUGCAAGCCUUCCUGGAAAUCGAACCUAACAAUCAGCAGGUCAUCAGCCUGGAAGAGUACAUCAAGAAGAAGAUGGACAUCGAAGGAUUGAAGGGAGUCGCAAUGGCCGGGGGAGCUGCGCUUGUUCUUGGUGGCAUUCUCGGGAUAGGAUUUGCGUUGGCGAAGAAAUGAAAAUUACCCAAAAAUUAA